UUCUUCUUCUUCAUUUGCUGAUGUGUCGCUCUGCUUUGUGAUAGAGAGAAGAGAAAAGGGGAGAAGGGGUCGAAAAUGGCGGUGGCCAUAUCAUCAAGUAGCUUGAUAUCAUCGGCAUGGCAAGCGACUCUUCAGCAUUAUAAUAAUCCCAGAGAUUAUCCACUAAUUCCCCCGUGUCAUUCUAAUCCUAUUUCCAAUUCUUUUAAUUUCAAAAGACAACAACGUCCUUCUUCUUCCAAAUUUAACGACCAUGUCCUCUCUUCUUCCUCCUCCAAGCUUUCUCCGAUUCCUACCCUUUUCUCUUUCUCUGGCUGUGGAUGCUCGUGGAUUCAGGACAAUUCAAUGGUUCAUGAUUAUGCUACAAGUUAUGGAGGGGACUCCAACAAAUGCUACUCGUUACCAACAACAAAAACAGUUGAUGUCUCUUCAGUUUCUGAUCUUUUUGAGUUCAUAUGCUCCGGUCCUCUAGUUGACAAGAUUGGUAUUACUCCUGAAAGAGUUGGCCUUUCUAUUGACAAAUGGUUACUCUACGGCUCACAGCUCUGCAGACUCUUUCAGCUUAAUGAGCUUAAGCUCACUAUUCCUCAGAAAGCUAGGCUAUACCACUACUAUAUUCCUGUUUUUAUGUGGUGCGAAGAUCAGAUUGCUCUUCAUAACUCCAAGUCUCAUGAUGGAGAUGAUGUUCCUCCAUUAGUGAUUGGAUUUAGCGCGCCUCAAGGAUGUGGCAAGACUACACUUGUGUUUGCACUUGAUUAUCUUUUCAAAACAACAAAAAGGAAGUCGGCGACAGUAUCAAUAGACGAUUUUUACUUGACUGCACAAGGUCAGACUGAAUUGAGAGAAAAUAAUCCAGGGAAUGCACUUCUAGAGUAUCGUGGAAAUUCAGGAAGCCAUGAUCUGCAACUCUCUGUUGAAACACUAGAAGCCCUGACUAAACUGACCAAAGAAGGCAUGAAGAUGAAGGUACCUAGGUACGAUAAGUCUGCCUAUAGUGGGAGAGGUGACAGAGCUGAUUCAUCAACGUGGCCUGAAGUUGAAGGACCUCUUACGGUUAUUCUCUUUGAGGGAUGGAUGCUUGGUUUUAAGCCUCUUCCAGCUGACGUUGUUAAAGCAGUUGAUCCGCAGCUGGAGAUUGUGAAUAAGAACCUUGAAGCGUAUUAUGACGUAUGGGACAAGUACAUCGAUGCUUGGGUCGUCAUCAAAAUCCAGGACCCAAGUUAUGUAUACCGGUGGCGUCUUCAGGUUUGUAUAUCUGACAAUAACAAAACCAAUGGUGUUUUCGCUGCGUUUGUCUAUACAAACCUGGGUUUUGUUUUUUGGUUUGAACAGGCGGAAAUCGCCAUGAGGCAGGCUGGCAAAGCUGGGAUGUCGGAUGAAGAGGUGAAUGACUUUGUGUCGCGGUAUUUGCCGGCGUAUAAGGCCUAUCUUCCAACUCUUUACGCGGAAGGACCAAGCGGCUCGGACCCAGACCGUGUACUUGCGAUAGAUAUCGAUGAAGAAAGGAACCCGAUACUUGCAAACUGACAGAGAUGCUGUCUCCAUUGCCUUAAAAAUGUAUUACUCUUUGUAUGUAAGAGAGAGUAAACACUACGCCAAACGUUUGGCAUGCUAUUUGUUACAGUACUAUACUGAACAUAUAUUAUAUAUAUUUUUUGAUAAUUUAAUAUUUGUUAUUUUUUUUUAA